AACGUAGUUACGACAUUCUGCUGCUGUAGUAAAGUUUGUUGUCAUUUGGCUCAACUCUUCAAAUGCAUAAUUAGGCGUCUGUUACCGACAUUGUAAAUGGCUGAAACCGGUGACAUUCCGGUGACGACAGAGAAGCCGAAAAGACGGCCGAGUUUAUGGAGCUUGAAGAGGAGGUUCCCAACAGAUGAAGAGGAGCCCAAGAUAGAGAACGACAUUAAAGCAAACGUGCGGUCGCUGCGAAGAGGAAGCUCCUUCACCUUCCUUACCCCAGGAUCCCAAUGGGACAGUCUGAAGCGAAAGCACAGAGAGAAAGACGACGGCGAUGCAGUCAGCCUCUGCAGCUUCGACUUCAAGGAACCCAGCACCAAGCGAGUCCGUCCUCCCGGCAGGGUGACGUCGCUAGCCAACCUCAUAUCUCCGGUGAGGAAUGGGGCCGUCCGGCGCUUCGGCCAAACCAUCCAGGCCUCCUUCCGGGGCGAUGGCAAGGCGCCGGGUGUGCCCCAGAAGCCUUGCAGCAAGGCAGCGGCACCUACACCACCUAAGAGGAGGAACAGCACUCUGUGGUCAGAGACGCUGGACAUCCACCGGAAGGGCACGUUCUCCACCAAGGAGAUCAAGCGCCAAGAGGCCAUAUUUGAGCUGUCUCGUGGAGAACAAGACCUGAUUGAGGACCUCCAGCUUGCACGCAAGGCGUACCACGACCCCAUGCUCAAGCUUUCCAUCAUGUCCGAGGAGGAGCUCACUCACAUCUUCGGCAACCUGGACGCUUACAUCCCUUUGCACGAGGACCUGCUGGCCCAGCUCUCCAAAGCCACGGGCUCAGACGGCACCGUGGGCCAGAUUGGGCAGAUUGUUGUGAGCUGGCUGCCCAGGUUAAAUGCCUACAAAGAGUACUGCAGCAACCAGCUGGCGGCCAAGGCUCUGCUGGACCAGAAGAAACAGGACCCACGGGUGCAGGACUUCCUCCAGCGCUGCCUGGAGUCCCCGUUCAGCAGGAAGCUGGACCUGUGGAGCUUCCUGGACAUCCCGCGCUCCCGUCUGGUCAAGUACCCACUGCUACUCAAAGAGAUACUAAAGCACACUCCAGCAGAGCACCCAGACGCUGCCAGCCUGGAGGAAGCGAUCACCAUCAUGCAGGGCGUUCUGUCCGACAUCAACAUGAAGAAGGGAGAGUCUGAAUGCCAGUAUUACAUUGACAAGCUGGAGUACCUGGACGACAGGCAGAAGGACCCUCGCAUUGAGCAGUGUAAAAGCCUGCUGUGCCACGGAGAGCUGCGAAACAAGGGCGGCACAAAACUUCACGUGUUCCUGUUCACCGAGCUGUUGGUCUUGACGCGGCCCGUCACCAGGAACGAGCGCCAGUGUUUCCAGGUGUAUCGUCAGCCCAUUCCCGUGGAGGACUUGCUGCUUGAGGACCUGCAGGAUGGAGACGUGCGAAUGGGCGGCUCCUUCAGAGGCGCCUUCAGCAACGCAGACAAAGCCAAGAACAUUUUCCGAGUGCGUUCCCAGGACCCGAACCAGCCACAGUCCCACACGCUGCAGGUCAACGACGUCUUCCACAAGCAGCAGUGGCUCAACUGCCUGCGCAGCGCCAUUUCCGUGCACAGGCCCCUCGGGGAUCACGCCGCGCCCCGCUCGCCGGCGCGCUCCAAGCGCCGCCCGUCCUCCGCCUCCGCCAUCAUCCACAUGGAGGAGAGCGACGAGAACUGCCAGCUGACCUCGCAGUCCGCCCCCAGCUCACCUUGCAACGGCUCCAGCCCGACCCCCCCAUCGGCCCGCUCGGCGUCCGCGCCGCCGACGCCGUGCGCCCCAACGUCCCCUCCUUCCUCAUCCUUAUCACACAAAAGCAAAAAGGACAAGAGGUCUUUGUAUUCUUUAGGGAAGAGAAAAGAGACAAUGGUGUGAGCUGGGGCAGCUGGAAACACGGACUUCAUGGGUGGACACUUUGUACAUAAAUGUUAAAAACCCAAACGGAUAAACUAUUUAUGUGUGUCUGCGUGCGUGCGUAAUAUUUACAACAGUGUUCUGUUACUGUCCUCUUUGGCAGCUAUUUACCCCCUCCAUCCAAGUGAUUCCUGCAGAGAAGUAUUGUAGAGAGAGACGUGCACGGCUUCUGUUGACUCUGAGAAGCAGAGGGAGAUUCAUGACCUGCGUGUCAUCACUUGGGUUUCCUGACAAUAGACGCGGAGCAUCAAGAUCCUGUUUACUUUUAAUUUGAUAUUUAAGCGUUGUUUUACACAAUGUGUGGGAAGGGCUAAUGAAAGCUUUACAAGUCUUAUAUUCUGAAAAUGAUUGUAGCCUUUUUUUGUUUUAGGUAUCGUAAAGCAGCACUGUUUUAGCUUUUAGGUGAAGUUAUGUUAAGGAGGCACGAAAACAAGAUCAUUCAAAGAAAGAUGUCCAACACAAAAGCUACGCUUUUCUCUGUAAAAUUGUGAUUUUUUUAAUCAAUGAGAAAAUAGGUCUUAUUUUUAUACAUUCCAUAAAUGAACAGAUGUAAUAAAUCCAUAAUAGAUGGCAGUUAACCAUCCCAUUGUACAAAGAACAAGAAAAUCACGUUGAAUCUUCGUGAAAAUCAUGAGAAGAGAUUAGAUUAGCAUUUUGUUUUAAAACAAAGUUUUGAACUGAGCCAUGUUGGUUUUUUAAGAAAACAGAAAAAGCUGACUUUACUGAAAUGGAAGACAACUGGCGCCUUUCAGUGUCACGUCUUGUGUGUAGAUUUGGUCGUGGACUGAUGGACUGAUGUGAAUAUGUGGAGGAUAAGAGAACGUUGUGAGAUGGCUGAGGAAAGGAGAGACGAGUGAUGGUUUGGUUUGGAAGAAGACGUAGCACGAUCUUUGCAUGACUUCAUGCGAGAUCUCUCUCAUAGAAGGUGAAACUCAAGCGAGUGUUAUUGAUGGGAAAAGUAAGUAGGGGAAGGAAGAUGAAGAAGGUUUUAUUUGGAUGUUUUGUCAUUGUGAUGGUAAAAAAAGGAAAAGGAAAGAGGCGAGUGACUUGCCACAAGCUGUAUCUAAUGAAAACGAACAAUAAAGAUCUGUAUAAAAUCUGAA